AUAUCUACAUUCACCAUGUCUGAAGUCAAGGAACUCACCUUGCAGGAGGUCUCCGAGCACAAUAACAAGAAGGAUCUCUACCUGAUCAUCAACGACAAGGUCUACGAUUGCACCACAUUCGCCAAUGAGCACCCCGGUGGUGAGGAAGUCCUCCUCGAUCUCGCCGGCCAAGACUGCACCGAAGCCUUCGACGACGUCGGCCACAGCGAUGAAGCGCGCGCCCUCCUCGACGACGGCAUGUUCGUCGGCGACGUGAAGCGCAUGCCCGGCGACCCCGUCCCCAAGGCUAAGGCAUCCACCAGCUCAGACAACUCGUCUUCUUCCUCCACCUCUGGCUUCGGCGUCGGCCUCUACGCCAUCAUCCUCAUCGGUGGCGCUGUCGCAUACGGCGCAUACAACUACCUCCAGGCUCAGCAAGCUCAGCAGCAGUAA